AUGGCACCACUCUGCUUUCCUCUGUUCUUACUGUUACUUCCCUUUCUAACUCGUCCAGCCAUCGCUUCCUCCUCGCUGCGACUAGAUUUCUACAGGGAAUCCUGCCCCCGAGCCGAGCUCAUCGUGAAGCAAGUAGUCCUCGACUACUUCCUUCGAGACCCCUCGAUCUCCGCCGGCCUUCUCCGUCUCCAUUUCCAUGACUGUUUUAUCCAAGGAUGCGAUGCUUCGAUCCUGCUCGAUAGCACCGACGACAACGUGGCGGAGAAGGAGUCGCCGCCCAACCUGACGAUACGUGGACUGGACUUGAUCGACGACGCGAAGGCGGCGCUGGAGGCGGAAUGCCACGGCGUGGUGUCGUGCGCGGAUAUAAUUGCGCUGGCGGCGAGAGACGGCGUCGCACUGGUCGGGGGAGAAGAGUAUGAGCUUCCGACGGGGAGGAGGGAUGGGCUCGUGUCGACGAUGGCGGACGUGCGUCUCCCGACGCCUUCCUUCUCCGUGGAGGCUGCCCAAGCUGCGUUUGAGAGGAUCAAUCUGACCCUGGUCGACCUCACCACGCUGCUAGGAGCUCACAGCAUCGGUUUCUGCCACUGCGUCUUCUUCAUCGGCCGGCUUUACAACUUCAAGAACACCGGCUUUGCCGAUCCGAGAAUCGACCCGGCUACACUCGAGUUCCUGCAGCAGAAGUGCCCUCCUCAAGUCAUCACCUUCGACAACGUGACCAGAGACCCGAAGCAGUUCAUGAACCCAGAGUCCAACUCGUCUUCUUCCUUCGGAAACUCGUUCUACCGCGGCGUGCUGGAGCAGAAGGUGCUGCUGGGGCUGGACCAGGACCUGGCCUUCACUGACCUCACUGAGAAGCUCGUCGUGAGGUACGUGGAGGAUCAGUCGCUGUUCAUGAAGCAAUUCUCGGCGUCCAUGGUGAGGCUUGGGAAUGUUGGGGUGCUGGCUGGAACGGAAGGGGAGGUCCGUUUGAAUUGUCGCAAGACAAAUAACAGCACAGAGACGUGAUUGAUACAGAGUUGGAGUUGAAUUGAUGCGGCCUGUUUGGAUCGUAUUGCUUC